GGGCUUCCUGUCUUCCUGGAAGGAGCCCGGGUGUCUCUUGGUUUCCGGAAAGGCAAUAAAAGCAAUCCGAACCCCUAGUUUUCCCCUAGUGUAGUGCUGUCACACAAGCAGAGCGACACUGCCAGGAACGAGCCGCUGCAGUCCCCGAUGCGACUUUCCAGGCAGCCUCGAAAUCGCCUCCUCGCCGUAGUAGAUUGACUUCUUAAACUCAGAUUUAAAAAUCUCUCGGGGUCCAUAAUCAGAAUGUUCGUGGAAAAGAUUUUGUUUUUCAACGUGCUGGAGUUUCAACCUUUUUGAGAGAGCCCAUUCGCUUAAACUCAGUUUUGGUCUCUGUGGGCAGAGCUCCUGGCAAGUAUGAGGCAAGGAUUUCUUGAAGCAAAAUUGCAGCAGAGCUCUCCACCACCUUGUGGCUAGGCUGCCGAGUCCUGAAGGGAUCACAGGAACACGGAAAAGACACCUUCUGAGAAGACAUGGCUGGCAGAGAGGAGAAGACCGAGAGUGCAGGCAGAGUGCUGAGGAUAAGUCAGCUGGAUGCACUUGAACUGAACAAGGCUCUGGAGCAGCUCGUGUGGUCUCAGUUUACUCAGUGCUUUCAUGGAUUUAAGCCAGGCCUGUUGGCUCGAUUUGAACCAGAAGUGAAAGCAUGUCUGUGGCUUUUCCUGUGGAGGUUCACCAUCUACUCCAAAAAUGCCACUGUGGGGCAGUCAGUUUUGAAUAUUCAGUACAAAAAUGAUUUUUCUUCCAACCCAAGAUACCAGCCCCCAAGUAAAAAUCAGAAACUGUGGUAUGCUGUGUGCACCAUUGGGGGGAGAUGGUUAGAAGAACGAUGUUAUGAUUUGUUUCGAAAUCGUCAUUUAGCAUCUUUCGGGAAAGUCAAACAGUGCAUGAAUUUUGUGGUUGGACUUUUAAAAUUAGGUGAGUUGAUAAACUUCUUGAUUUUCCUGCAAAAGGGAAAGUUUGCCACUUUGAUAGAGCGCCUCCUUGGCAUCCACUCUGUAUUUUGCAAGCCCCAGAACAUGCGUGAGGUUGGCUUUGAGUACAUGAAUAGGGAACUUCUCUGGCAUGGCUUUGCCGAGUUUCUGAUUUUCCUUUUACCGCUCAUCAAUAUCCAGAAGUUGAAAGCCAAGUUGUCUUCCUGGUGCAUACCCCUUACUGGUACUGCUGGUAGUGACAGUGCCCUGGUUUGCAGUGGCAGAGAAUGUGCUCUCUGUGGAGAGUGGCCCACAAUGCCUCACACCAUUGGAUGUGAACACGUGUUCUGUUAUUACUGUGUUAAAAGUAGCUUCCUAUUUGACAUGUACUUUACCUGUCCUAAGUGUGGCAUAGAAGUGCACAGUGUGCAGCCACUGAAAUCAGGAAUUGAAAUGUCAGAAGUGAAUGCUGUUUAGAAACCAAAUUGUUUCCUCUGAGGGAAAAUGUAUUGUGUCCAAGUCCUUGGUAUUAGUCAUCCUCAAUAUCAUAGGUAGGUGUCUUUGAAAAGGCAUGUGCUGCUCAGCCACUGUUCUCUUCUUUUCUAAGCACAACUAAAUUCUAAUCACUGGAAACUAAAUGACACAAGAGAAUCUUAUAAAUGCUCAUGUUAUUUUUUUUAAAUCAUCUAUUACAUUUUUAAUGUCAAGAAUAAUGGAAAAUUUUUGUCAGAUGAAUACUAAGAAUGACUAAGUGUGCUUCUUCAUAGAAAAAGGUCGGACUCUAAAAAUAAAAGAUUUUUGAGA